AUGGGAGAAGAACCAGAGAGAGAAAAGGAAGAGAUGGAACACAUGAGAGAAGAACCAGAGAGAGAAAAGCAAGAGAUGGAACACAUGAGAGAAGAACCAGAGAGAGAAAAAAAAGAGUUGGGACAGAUGAGAGAAGAACCAGAGAGAGAAAAACAAGAGUUGGGACAGAUGAGAGAAGAACCAGAGAGAGAAAAAGAAGAGAUGGAACAAAUGGGAGAAGAACCAGAGAGAGAAAAAGAAGAGAUGGAACAAAUGGGAGAAGAACCAGAGAGAGAAAAAGAAGAGAUGGAACAAAUGGGAGAAGAACCAGAGAGAGAAAAAGAAGAGAUGGAACAAAUGGGAGAUGAAACAGAGAGAGAUGAACAAAAUAUGGGACGAAUGGGAGAAGAACCAGAGAGAGAAAAGGAAGAGAUGGAACACAUGAGAGAAGAACCAGAGAGAGAAAAACAAGAGUUGGGACAAAUGAGAGAAGAACCAGAUAGAGAAAAAGAAGAGAUGGAACAAAUGGGAGAUGAAACAGAGAGAGAUGAACAAAAUAUGGGACGAAUGGGAGAAGAACCAGAGAGAGAAAAGGAAGAGAUGGAACACAUGAGAGAAGAACCAGAGAGAGAAAAAAAAGAGUUGGGACAGAUGAGAGAAGAACCAGAGAGAGAAAAACAAGAGUUGGGACAGAUGAGAAGAGAGAAAAAGAAGAGAUGGAACAAAUGGGAGAAGAACCAGAGAGAGAAAAAGAAGAGAUGGAACAAAUGGGAGAAGAACCAGAGAGAGAAAAAGAAGAGAUGGAACAAAUGGGAGAAGAACCAGAGAGAGAAAAAGAAGAGAUGGAACAAAUGGGAGAAGAACCAGAGAGAGAAAAAGAAGAGAUGGAACAAAUGGGAGAAGAACCAGAGAGAGAAAAAGAAGAGAUGGAACAAAUGGGAGAAGAACCAGAGAGAGAAAAAGAAGAGAUGGAACAAAUGGGAGAUGAAACAGAGAGAGAUGAACAAAAUAUGGGACGAAUGGGAGAAGAACCAGAGAGAGAAAAGCAAGAGAUGGAACACAUGAGAGAAGAACCAGAGAGAGAAAAGCAAGAGAUGGAACACAUGAGAGAAGAACCAGAUAGAGAAAAACAAGAGUUGGGACAGAUGAGAGAAGAACCAGAGAGAGAAAAAGAAGAGAUGGAACAAAUGGGAGAAGAACCAGAGAGAGAAAAAGAAGAGAUGGAACAAAUGGGAGAAGAACCAGAGAGAGAAAAAGAAGAGAUGGAACAAA